AUGAGUCGGAGAGGACCGUUACAAAAGAAUGAAGAGACCGACAAACCGUUGCGAAUCGCAAUCGUGGAGAAGGAUCGAUGCAAACCGAAAAAUUGCGGUCUGCUUUGUAAACGAUCCUGUCCAGUUAAUAAAAUGGGAAAGCAAUGCAUUGUCGUCGAGGCAACAUCUCCUAUAGCAGAAAUUUCCGAAGUGCUCUGCAUCGGUUGUGGUAUAUGCGUGAAGAAAUGUCCCUACAACGCAAUCACAAUUAUCAAUUUACCGACAAAUCUUGCCAACGAGACUACACAUCGUUAUUCAAUGAACUCGUUCAAGUUGCAUCGGCUGCCCACUCCACGUACUGGA